CACAACGACUCGCCGAUUGUGACGUUAUUCGGUUAUUUAACAUUCAAAAUUCGAACUAACCUGACGUCUCGACUCCCGACUUACUGAAAAAUGCCUGUCCUAAAAAUUUUAACGAAUCUAACAAAGGACAAGAUUCCCAAUGGAAUGCUUCCUAAACUUAUCACGUUAUUAGCUGAGCUCGUGAAAAAAGACGCAGCUAGGAUCACGUGCAUUAUAUCAACUGAGUGCAGCCUGUCUAUGGGUGGGAAUACAGACGAGCCAGCCAUCGUCAGCACCUUGGAAUCUAUUGGAAAUUUAGGUCCUGACGACAACAAGAGAAUCAUAAAAGGCUUAUCAGAAUUCAUUGAGAAGGAGCUUAAAGUUAAAUCAGACAGAUUUCUUCUAACCUUCUACGACCUCAAAGCUUACGAAGUUGGGAAAUCUGGUACUACUGCGGACACUUGGUAAAACGAAAGCAAAUAAAAAUUUCCAAUUUACUCUGUUACCACUUUAUUAAGUAUAUUUGAAGAUCAUUUUUAUGUAAUUCUCAUUUAUACAUUAAAUUUUGGACGUGUCACUA